AUGGCCGAUCAUCAUCAAGAAGGUAAUGUCGCUGGCGCGGAAGCAAACGCUCAAGCAGUUGCACAGGCCCAGCAGGAAGAACAGCGACGACAACGUGAACAUCAGCGGCAACAACAGCAGCGCAAUGCUGCGCAGCAACCUCCUCAACAGCAUCAGCAGGUUCAACAGCACCCGCCUCCUCAACCGCCUCCACUUCAGCAAAUCAAUCAAGUUUUACCACCUGCACAACGCCAGCCAAAUCAGGCUCCAUUACGUGUUGUGCCUGAACUACCUUUUGAUCGCCUUGGCGUGUCGGACGGAAACGGUUCGUUGUUGUUUCGAAAAGGAGUGCUUGACAACGCUGAUAACAUACAUGCUUGGCUUGGUACCCAAUCCAUAUUUGGCAGACUCAUCUUCAAAACAGUCAAUGUUCCUCCAUUCACUGAUCUCUUUGAAAGAGACCCAGUGCUUACUCAUGGUUAUCUGAUCUGCUUCGGCAGGGCGUUGGCGGCUGCCGGAAAUGUUCCCCCAGGACCUGUUGUUCUGAAAGAUGCAAAAGUAUUAUACACUGGAGAGAUUAUCACACCAGUUAAACCAACCGGAGUUGAUCUUCCCGAACCUCAGGCGCAAGUCGAAUACCUUCGCGCGGUGGACGUGCUGCGUACAGCGACCAAUGCUAUGUACAUUUGCGGAGCUACUGAGACGGGUUUUACGACAUGGGGGGGGUACCGCCCAGGAGUGGCGUGA